AUGGGGGCUUCAUCACUUCUUGCAGCUCUUACAUCCCCGCUCGUUUGGGGACUCCUCCUCUACUCAUUGUACCUCGUCUACAGCGGUACUACGACGAAUGAGACUCUCAAGUGGUCAGAGUGGAAAGAGGAUAUGGCUGACGGAUUUGCGUUCCGCCGGUCUAUGCCCGCAGAUCGUGAGAAGAACGAACGAGUUGAGCCUCGAUGUGGGCGCUGGCCGGUCGAUGUUCAGCAAAUAAUUGUCACAACACAGGAUGGACAGCCUCCAGCCGAGAAUCUUCGGCUUCCUGGGCAAGGCGCAUGGGAGCGUGUUUGGAACUUGAGCAAUGUCGAGAAUCUAUACGACAUGGGAUUGUGGGAUAAUCUGGUAGACAUCUUCGUGUCUGACUAUGGAUUUGGUCAAAGGGCUGACGAGCCAAACGCCGAAAGACGGCGCAGGAGAUAA